UGUGCUUCACACCAGCUAUUGUACCGUAACGGAUACCUAUCGCCUGGGCAUGAGGAGUACCGGGAGGUGAUGCGCUGUGUGGUCUGUCUACUCUCACGCAGUGUGGCCACCAUCUACGUAGACUACGGCGAAGGAGAGCUCAGCGACCCAGACAUGUUCCUGGCAUUCUUCACCUACAUCUACCACUCGUUUGUACAGGCCGUAGAAGACGAGUUGCCCAACAAGGAUCUUCUGGACGAGGAGCGGCCCAAGAUUCUCAAUCACCACGCCAUCCUCGGCGCGCACCACUACGUGGCCGGUCUGGCCAAGGCACUGGACAGCGGCCCGGGUGAGCUGACACGCCACAUGGAGCUCAUUCUGGGUAUGAGGUCGGGGCUGAGUAACGACGUCGACGAAGACAGCAAGCCAACCACAGCACGCCGGCACCCGCCGUCGUCACAGCAACAGCAUGAUGAGGCAAGCGGCAAUGCCAACACUGCGGCGGUGGUGUCCUCCGGGGACUGUGUCGAUGGUCAGGCGAGUGUAGCGCAGGCGGCCGGCACUGGACAGGAGCAUCAUCUCACCGAAAGCAGAGAGGAGGUUGAGCGUAUCUUACAGCGUCUUGUACUGGUAGCUGAUAUGAGAGUGGACAGGAGUGGAAUGAACAUUGCAUGAGGGACACGUCUGCCGUGCCCUCAUGCAAUACAGCAGUGUCUACAUGUACCUGUGAUGAACACGAUUGCUACGUGGGUACGGCAGCUGGUGUAUGGAUACACGGACAAUAUUAUGUGUGUGUGUGUAUUUGUCUGUUGUGUGUGUGUGUGUGCACGCGUGCGUGUGUUUGUGUGUGUUUCUGCAUACACACGUGUCAGGGCGAGAGGCAGAGAGAAGAAGGGGGGGGGGGGGAGGCUUAGAUUGGAUGUUGUUUGAAAAAUACGUGUGCAUGUGUACUCCAUGUGCAGACUGGUAAAAGCGUUAAUUAUCUGCUGCUGCAAGAAACAUGUGUUUACACUAUCGUUAAAAAGCAUUAUGUAUAGUUUAAUGUCGCUAUAUGGAGGACGAGCUGAAGUGACAUUGGAUAACUUUAUUGAAUAAUGCUGGACAUUGUUCAAUAAAGGUAUCCAUUGUCACGUCAGCUCGUCCUCCUUAUUGCGAUAUUUAAAUUGUUGUCUCCUCACCGAAUAUUUAUAAAAUGGUUAUGUUUUGGUACUUUGACCUUUGACAAUUUGGACAUACUUGCCACCCCUGGUUUGACUUUAGGGUCUUUUCCACAGAAAUAGUUCCCACAUUUUUUAUCAUUACUCUUGACAUAUUUUACUUUUUUUUAAAUUCACCAUGGACACUGUAUCUGUACUGUUCUUCUUAUGGUUAAACACGUACACAUUGGCAUCAUCCGAACAGCUUAUCAACCCACUACUAUCCAUGAUGGUACGUGUUCUUGCAGUAAUUUAACGCUUGCUACGUGAGUCUAGCAUUGACUUUCUCUUGGAAAUAUGUUCACGUAAGACUAA